GUAUCUUAAUUUGAGUCUGCCGUUUCUGCUGUCUCUAUGACUCCGCGUCAUGGAACAGAACAAAAUACGUUCAGAAUUUUCCUUGUAUCUUUUUUGAAGUCUCCAAUUUUACUGCAUUGGUUUUCACCCGUAACGCUUAUAGAAGAUGUUGUUAAGGAAGCUGAACUUUGCAUUGGUAUAUCCAGUGACCUUUCACAAAUUAGUUUCAUCGACAAAGGGGACCUGAAUCAUCUCUCAUCUCUGAAUGAAUCAAACAUAGUCAAUGGGUCAACUCUUCUUGUUAGGACAUCAAGACAGCUCGAGACUCUAUUUAAAUCUAUAAUAACCGGUGACAUCAAACUUAUCAUCAAUCAAGGUUUGUCAAAGUUCUUCCCCUACCCAUCCGGACCCUUCAACAAUGUUUCAACUGAGUAUCAGAAGGACUAUAUCACUUGUCGUUUGAACAUUGCUUUGCUAUUUGCUUCUGGACUGAAUCUGGUGAGAAUCUGCAAUGUGCUCAUCGGUUUAGGUGCAAAUGUAAAUGCUAAGACCAAAUUUGGUAGAACCGCCCUGCAUAUAGCUGCUGCCCACUCUUCAGAACAAAUUAUUGAAAAUCUUGUCGAGCGAGGUGCAAAUAUGAAAUUGAAAGAUAUCUUUGGUGAAACAGCCUUGGAUAUAGCUAAACGCUAUGGGAAUCAUCAUACAGCUAAUCUGUUACAACGAUUAAAUUGGUUACAAAGGUGUAAAUCAGCUAAACUUCAAUAUUUAAAUAUACCGCUUGCAGCUUUUCAAAUGUGUGACUCAGCAUAUCCAAAAUGGCGCCAAAAUAUCAAUGGUCAAGUUUAUUUACAGAAACUAACGCCAAGAGGUGAAUAUAUGGGCACACGCUUAAAUGCAUCCAAAUGGCAUUGGCCUAAAUUGGAUAUGGUUUUAACAAGGAAGAAAAUACAUCUUGAAGCAAAAGCAACCAAUAUUCGCGUCAAAUCUGCACCACCCACCACCUAUACAAAACAACGUCAACAUCCAAUGAAGAAGUAAUAGUAUAACUGAUUAGUUUCAUCUAUUUCUACGAGGAAUAAUUUUUCUUUCCUUAAUAUUACUAUAUGAUUAGACAACAUCAAUCUAAUAAUAAAAAUAUAAUAAGAGACCAUUAUUUUUACCGUUUUCUUUCAGGAGCGGCUAAGAAGCUUUAUCAGUCUGAGAGCACACUAUUAUUUCUGUUGGUAUUCAU